AUGGCUGAGACAACGAGGGAUGAAGAUCGGAUCGAGGAAGACAACCUGAAAAGAGGUAGGAAUGUGAUUCUACUGAAAGAGGCAGACAUAUCAAAAGGUAUUAACGCUUGCUCCAAUAGUCUCUAUGGCAGACUCUUUGCUUCCAAAACCUUCUCAAUUGGAACCAUGGGGAAUGCUUUAAAGGCUAUAUGGGGAAAUCCGGAAGGAUUUAGCGUGAGUGACAAAGGGGAUAAUUCCUUCCAAUUCUUUUUUAAUAAAGAAGUGGAUGUCUUGCGUGUUGAACGUGAUUCUCCAUGGCUAUUCAAAGAUUAUGUACUCCAUGUCAAGAGAUGGAAGGAAGAUCAGAUCUGUGAUGAAGAGAUUAUUUCCAAUUUUCCAGUUUGGGUUCAAUUUUGGGGUUUGCCAGAAUCGUUUAAAACCCUCGAAGUUGGACGUAAAUUGGGAGAGAAUCUGGGCACAGUGUUGGAGGUAGGUAAAUUUCAGAUGCGAGGUAGAGAAACUAGGAUUGUGAAAGCCAAAAUCAAUAUCGAUGCUACCAGGCAAGUGAGAGAUCAGUUAAUAGUGGCAUGA